AUGAAACGAUACCAUUCAAUAUCUUGUGCCGCACUUGAACGGAAGAUAAGGAUGAAGAGAAACAUUUUGUUGACAUUUGCCUUUGCACUCUGUGUGCUAACCAAUCAAGUGCAGGCUCAAGCUACUGUAGCUAUAAAUGUUGGUGGAAGUAUUAUAACUGUCGCUUCGAGCGAUAUAAACACUCUUCUGGCAAUAGUAGCUGCUCUACAGUCGUCAACUACGACUGGAGCUGCCACAACGACUGUUGCCGGAGCCACAACUACGGUAGCAGCAGCAACAACGGCUGCAGCUGCUACAACGACUGCAGCAGCAACAACAGCUGCAACGACCACGGUAGCAGCAACAACUGCUGCAACGACUGCUGCUGCAACUAAAACUAAUAAUGGUGGUAAAACAACAUUAGCUGCCACUACUGCAGCAACGACGGCUGCUACCACUACAACUGUUGCAGCUACAACAGCUGCCACCACUACAACUACAGUUGCUCCAACGACUACUACUACCACUGUUGCUCCAACGACUACUACUACCACUGUUGCUCCAACGACUACUACUACCACUGUUGCUCCAACGACUACUACUACCACUGUUGCUCCAACGACUACUACGACCACAGUUGCACCCACGACUACUACAACUGUAGCCACUACUACUACCACGGUCGCUCCUAUCACUGUAACUGUUACCGUUAACGGAGCCACAGUUACCUUGUCUUCCACCAACAACUCCCUUGUAAGUGUUAUUCUUCAAAUUAUCGCGAGUCUAACAACUACGACGACUGUAGCACCGACUACAACGACUACGACUGCGGCUACUACCACCACGACUGCUGCAACGACUACUACAACGGCAGCUACUACAACCACAACGACCACUGCUCCUACAACGACGACCACUACGGUUGCUCCGACUACUACCACUACCACGGUAGCAACGACUACUACAAGAAUUCCUUGUCAUCCUCAUCCACAUCCUCAUCCUCCGAUCGGUGGUUUAGGAGGUGGAUUCGGAAUAAUCGGAGGACUUGGCCCGUUAGGUUUUGGAUUGGGACUCCGAGGCGGCAUUGGUGGUAUUGGUGGAUACGGAGUACCACAAGUAGGAGGAUUUGGAAUCCUUCCUGCCGUUGGUAACGUAGCUCGUACUCUGGUGGGUACUGGGUUGAAUGUUGUUGGCUCUGCUGCAAACUUGGCCGGAAAUGUUGUUGGUUCUGCUGCAAACUUGGCCGGAAAUGUUGUUGGAGCUGUCGGCAAUGUAGCCAAUGGUGUUCUCGGAGGAUUUAGCAAUGCUGCCGCUGGAAUUGGCGCUGGUUUAAGCAGUGGAUUGAGUGGAGGUCUAUUGUCAACCAGACUGAAUACAGGACUGAGUGCGGGACUUGGCGGUGGACUUAGCAGCAGUAUUGGUAGCGGCUUAGGUGGACAUCUGCAUGCUGGCGCUAGGAUUGGUGGAGGAUUUGGAGGUGCUGGUAUCGGUGGCGGAAUACGUGCCGGAAUCGGCUUCAUGGGAUGA